UACUCUCUUGGUCUCCAAACCCGUGUCUCUUACGUCUGCUAUAUCCACCACGGCCAUGAAUCUUAGCACCAUAUAAGCUCCUGGAUCAUCCUCAUCUUCUUCUUCCUCUUCCACCGCCAUUGAUACAAGUUGUCAGGAUGAGUGACCUCCCUCCUGGUUUCCAGUUCUUCCCUACCGAUGAAGAGCUCGUCGUCCAUUUCCUCUACCGCAAGGCUUCGCGUCUGCCAUGCCAGCCUGAUGUCGUCCCCUUCCUUGAUCUCCGCCGCUUCGAUCCAUGGCAACUAAAUGGUAAAGCCCUGCAAGGAGGCAACCACUGCUACUUCUUCAGUCACGCCACCGUAAACAAGGUCUCGCCGAGCGGCUACUGGAUGGCGGUCGGAGCAAAGGAGACGGUCACGAGCGGCGACAAGGAUGUCGGUACAAAGACUACUCUUGUCUUCCACAUAGGAGAAGCCCCUCUGGGGGUAAAAACCAGUUGGGUGAUGCAUGAAUACCGACUCUUGGAGGACGGCGCUGCUGUUCCCAGUAGCAGAACCAACAGAAACAGCAGUUCUUCUGCAUCCAGAGCCAGAGGGAACAAGAGACCGGAUCUUAACCUCGCAAUUUGCCGAGUCCAGGAGGCGAGCUUCUUCGGCGUCGAGGAGACCGAGCUUUCGUGCUUGGACGAGGUGUUCUUGUCCUUGGAUGAUCUCGACGAGAUAAGCAUGCCGUAUUAGGAUUCAUGCACGUAGUUUCUCGAUCAAGGCGUGUUCCUGUCGCUCUGUGUGUGUGUGUUCAAGCAUAUAUGUAUAGAUCAAGUGAAACAGUUCUUCUGCCAAUGAGAUUAUAAUCAACUCUUUGGCCUUUAAUCUUGUAUUCUCCUCCAUGCACUGUUGAUUUGCUA